CCACCGCCGCCAUUUCUUCUCCGUUCUUAGAUGUGAACCUGUGUUCGUGUCCCACGUCCCCCCAUCUCCCCUCCCGCAGGGUCCGCGGCCGCCAUGGCGUAUUAGAGGCAGCAGUGCCUGCGGCAGCAUUGGCCUUUGCAGCGGCGGCAGCAGCACCAGGCUCUGCAGCGGCUACCCCCAACGGCUUAAGCCAUGGCGCUUUUCACGGCAUUCAGCAGCAGCCUUGCUGUAACCAACAAAGACACCUUCGAAUUAAGCACCUUCCCCGAAUCCAGCAAAGCCGAGCAACAUGACCGAGAGCAGCUUCCUGAGCAGCGAGGUGUUGGCGGGGCACUUGAUGUCCCCCUUCGACCAGUCGGGUUUGGGGGCUGAAGAUAGCCUGGGUCUCUUAGAUGACUACCUGGAGGUGGCCAAGCACUUCAAACCGCAUGGGUUCUUCGGCGACAAGGCUAAGGCGGGCUCCUCCGAAUGGCUGGCUGUGGACGGGUUGGUCAGUGCCUCAGACAAUGGCAAGGAGGAUGCCUUCUCCGGGACAGAUUGGAUGGUGGAGAAAAUGGAUCUGAAGGAGUUUGACUUUGAUGCCCUCUUCAGUUUAAGUGACCUGGAAACCAUGCCCGAAGAGCUUUUGGCCACAUUGGAUGACACAUGUGAUCUUUUUGAGCCCCUAGUCCAGGAUAAGGAGCCCCCCCAGACAGGGAACCCGAUUGGCUGUGUUCCAGAAAGUUUAUCAGAAACUAACCAGAUUACUUCCUUCACGUUCCUCCACACUCCUUCCCAUUCCCUGGGGACCCUGUCAUCCACUCCAGAUCAUUCCUUUAGUUUAGAGCUAGGCAGUGAAGUGGACAUCUCUGAAGGAGAGAGGAGGCUGGACUCUGGUUAUGGCCCAGCAAUCCCUCAGUGCAUCAAAGAGGAGGAUGCCCCCUCAGACAACGAUAGCGGCAUCUGUAUGAGCCCUGAGUCCUAUCUGGGCUCUCCCAAGCAUAGCCCUUCCUCCUCCGGGGGCCCUCCAAGUGGGAGCUUGCAGUCUCACAGUACCCAUUGUGGCUGUACCCGGCCCAAACCUUAUGACCCUCCUGGGGAAAAAGUGGCAGCAGCAAAAGUAAAGGGAGAGAAAUUGGACAAGAAGCUGAAAAAAAUGGAGCAGAACAAGACAGCAGCUACUAGGUACCGCCAGAAGAAAAGGGCAGAGCAGGAGGCCCUCACUGGAGAGUGUAAAGAACUGGAAAAGAAAAAUGAGGCUCUGAAAGAGAGGGCAGAUGCUUUGGCAAAGGAGAUCCAGUAUCUGAAGGAUUUGAUAGAAGAGGUCCGCAAGGCAAGAGGGAAGAAGAGAGUCCCCUAGCUUGGGUAGUCAGAAGUGUAUGUGCUUGUACAUAGGCCUGCUUUGAAUCUGUGUUGUAAUAAAUUAUUUUGUAGUGAAA